UCUGUUUCCAUUCACUGAGCUUAAACCUCUUACCUUUCCUGUUAAACCCUAGAUCUUCCUUGUCCUCUCUCCGACCUCCGUUGCUCAGCCGGUGGUUUUUUUCAUUCCGACGAGAAAUGGCUACUUCCGCUUCGUUUACGCUCCGUAGGCCGGCGCUUGGGAACUCGGUACUUUCUUCUCUGUCUUCUAAGAUUCCUGUUCCUUCGGCUUUUUCUGUUGAUCUUCGUCGACGGAGUGUUGGCGCGCCGCGGUUUGUGGUGUUGGUUUCUGCGUCUAUGGAUGCGAAGCCGACGGUUCUUGUUGCGGAGAAGCUGGGUGAAGCGGGUCUUGAUCUUCUCAAGGAUUUUGCUAAUGUUGAUUGCUCGUAUAAUCUGAGUCCUGAGGAGCUUUGCACCAAGAUCUCGCUCUGUGAUGCGAUUAUUGUGCGGAGUGGGACUAAGGUCAGCCGUGAGGUGUUUGAAUCCUCUGGAGGGAGGUUGAAGGUCGUUGGGAGGGCUGGUGUUGGCAUUGACAACGUGGAUCUGGCGGCGGCCACUGAGCAUGGUUGCUUAGUGGUGAAUGCUCCGACUGCAAACACGGUAGCCGCCGCUGAGCACGGAAUUGCGCUUUUGACUGCAAUGGCCAGAAAUGUUGCUCAAGCCGAUGCGUCUGUUAAAGCUGGAAAGUGGCAACGCAACAAAUAUGUCGGUGUAUCGCUUGUGGGGAAAACACUGGCUGUAAUGGGAUUCGGCAAAGUUGGAACUGAAGUUGCUCGGCGUGCAAAGGGACUUGGCAUGCAUGUAAUUGCACACGACCCAUAUGCCCCAGCUGAUCGUGCUCGUGCGAUAGGCGUAGAGCUUGUGAGCUUUGACGAAGCCAUUGGAACUGCUGAUUUCAUCUCUUUGCAUAUGCCUUUAACUCCAGCCACGUCAAAGAUCCUUAAUGAUGAGAAUUUUGCAAAGAUGAAGAAAGGAGUAAGGAUUGUGAAUGUUGCCCGCGGAGGCGUAAUUGAUGAAGAAGCUCUUGUAAGGGCGCUAGAUGCUGGAAUUGUUGCUCAGGCUGCACUUGAUGUUUUCACUGAGGAACCACCUCCUAAAGAUAGCAAGUUGAUUCAGCAUGAGAAUGUCACUGUAACUCCUCAUCUGGGUGCCAGCACAAUGGAGGCUCAGGAAGGAGUUGCUGUUGAAAUAGCUGAAGCUGUUGUUGGAGCCUUGAAAGGGGAGCUUGCGGCUACUGCUGUCAAUGCUCCGAUGGUUCCUGCAGAGGUGUUAACGGAGCUGAAACCAUUUGUUGAACUUGCUGAGAAAUUGGGAAGACUGGCUGUCCAAUUGGUAGCAGGAGGAAGCGGUGUGAAAACUGUGAAAGUAACAUACGCUUCCUCUAGAGCUCCUGAUGAUCUUGACACCAGGCUUCUUCGUGCCAUGAUAACCAAAGGUCUCAUAGAACCGAUUUCCAGUGUUUUCGUGAACUUGGUGAAUGCUGACUUCACCGCCAAACAGAGAGGACUAAGGAUAUCCGAGGAGCGAGUCAUUCUGGACGGGUCGCCUGAGAAACCAUUAGAAUACAUACAGGUCCAGAUUGCCAACGUGGAAUCCAAAUUUGCCAGUGCUAUAUCGGAUUCUGGGGAGAUAACAGUGGAAGGACUUGUGAAAGAUGGAAUCCCUCACCUCACAAAGGUCGGGUCUUUCGAAGUCGAUGUUAGUUUGGAGGGUAGCAUCAUACUCUGUAGGCAGGUUGACCAGCCAGGUAUGAUUGGAACGGUUGGAAGCAUUCUCGGAGAAGAAAAUGUUAAUGUGAGCUUCAUGAGUGUUGGAAGGAUUGCUCCUCGAAAGCAGGCUGUUAUGGCCAUUGGUGUCGAUGAACAGCCCAGCAAGGAAUCCUUGAAGAGGAUCGGUGAUGUUCCAGCAAUUGAAGAGUUUGUUUUCCUCAAGCUGUAGAAAGUAACGUGGUCAUAUGGGCUCGACCCUUUCCUUCCCCUCUUCCCUCCUCUCCAAAUAAGGCCGCCUGUCAACCUCUCGGGAUUUGGACACAUUCCUAAAUGUUUGGCCUCAAUUUUGAUAGUUUUCCAUUUAAAUAAGCUGGUUUGUUAUCUCAACUUUUCGAAUGAAGAAAUGUGCUUCACUAA